UGGUUGUUUAUUGCAUUAGUUGUAUGUAGACUUUACCCGGUCUAGAAUGAAUUCGGCAGCUGAGAGCUUUCUAUAAAGAAUUUUAAGGCUCUGCCAAUGAACUGCAUCUCCCAUGAUGCACCUGUUUCCGUUUGAUAACCAUCUGGGAACAGUGCUCCAAUGUCCGGUAUGAUAUAACAAGCUUUAGGAGCAAAGCCUGUCGUGAUUUCCUACAGAAGAAUGCCAGAGGGUCCUGAGCUCCAUUUGGCCAGCCUGUUCGUCAACAGGGUAUGUGAGGGUGUUGUGUUUACUGGUCCUGUGGAGAAAUCUGAUGUAAGCAAAUGUCCCGAGGUGCCGUUCUGCUGCGACGCUUAUCGCAUCAAAGCCCAGUCCAGAGGAAAAGAGACACGCCUCACGCUCACGCCCAUAAAAAACGAUGACGACGAAAAAAGCAAGGUUGAUCAAAAUCAAUCCCAGCAGCCCGUGGAUGUGGUUUUCCGGUUUGGAAUGUCAGGGUUUUUCCGCUUCACCACGGUGGAUGAACUUCCGAAACACGCCCACCUGCGGUUCUACACUAAUGAGACCCCACGCAAAGCUCUGAGUUUUGUGGAUCCGCGCAGAUUUGGAGGCUGGCAACCAAAUGGAAGCUGGCAAGCAGACAGGGGACCCUGUAUCAUAUUUGAAUACCAAAGCUUCAGAGAGAAUGUUCUUUCAAAUCUGUCUGACAAGGCGUUUGACAGGCCCAUCUGUGAAGCGCUCUUAAAUCAGAAGUAUUUCAACGGGGUUGGAAACUAUCUUCGAGCAGAAAUUUUGUACAGAUCACGAAUCCCCCCGUUCGUGAAUGCCAGGACAGUACUGCAGGGACUCGAGCUAAAAGACGAAGAUAAAAAGAAGGUCAAAGCGGAAACUGCAAUUACCGAGACCGCAGAUACAAUAAAGAUUGAGACCGAGACCCCGGAUCUUCUCUCUCUGUGUCACACGGUUCCAUUAGAGGUGGUCAAACUGGGUGGAAAAGGUUAUGACCCCCAAACAUCAGACUAUUCAACCAUUAUAGCCUGGAUGCAAUGUUACGGUGUGGAUGGAAUGAAAUCAAUAAGAGACCGCAACGGACGGACAAUGUGGUUUAAAGGUGAUCCUGGUCCUAUGGCCCCCAAAGAUUUCAAAUCUCCCAAAGGAGGAAAAAGGAAAGUACAGCAGCGUGAUCAUGAUUACACGGAUUCAAAGAAAGCCAAGAAGAACCGCACAGGCGACGGCGCAAAUAAAAAGCCUGUUAAGCAAAAGGAGAUCAAAAAUAUAAAGGAGGAAACAAAAACAUCCAGGUCACAGCGUGGCUCAAAAAGACAGAAAAACGAUGAAAAGGCGAUUGACGCAGAAGAAACCAAAAGACCAAACGCACGCAAAAGGAGCGGCACAGCAGGAACUAAAGGCCAAAAUAAGAAGCAAGCAAAUAAAACCAAAAAUAGAUCUGCCACCUGCAGGAAAAGCACCACAAAAGAAAAGCCAAAGCGGAAAAGCAGCCGAGGUCGUAACACAUGAUGCGAUUCCAAGCAAUGGUUUAUCAGCGCACCCUUGUUUUUUAUCAUCUGUAAGACGUUUAUAAUAUAACUG